AGCUACAGCCCGGCCGCCUCCUUCCCUACGAUUCUCCUGCAGCUUCCAUUGUCUCCGCCGCCUAUUUAACUCACCCCCGCCUCAUCUCCCCUCCCAAGUCCCAAAGCAGCAAAGCUUCAAAGCAUCUCUUCUCCUUUUUGCUUCUCACGCUCCACCUCCACAUCCUCCCCUGCGACUUCUUCAGGCAGUAGUCAGACGAGAAGAGAGGAGGACAUGGGGUUCGUGCUGGUGGUCUCCCUGCCUUUCAUCUUCCUCUCCAUCCUGCUUGGCUUCGGCUGCUACUUCCUCGGCAAGCACAGGGGCCGGGAGGAGAUGCGGACCGGCGUCGGCGCGCAGAUCUACGGCACGCCGCUGCCGCCGCCGGGCGUCGUCGGAGUCUCCUCGCCGCCGCCUGGGGCUGAGCCGUUCCACGCCAAGAAACAGGGGCCCGAGGCCGUCUGACUGAGAUUCAGACUCUCCCAUUCAUUCUAGCUACUGCAUACAUGUUUCUUGGUGGCGAUGUUGGAUUUAUUCUUUCUUCUUUAUUAAUUUCGUCCAGGCCGUGUGAGGGUGUAAAUUGAGAGUGAAUCCGUGCUUGUGUCUAAAGAUUGUUCAUUGUUAUGAGGGCGAGGAGUGACGGUUUGUGGAUGUUGUGAACUUGUGAUAUGAUUGCAAUCACAGUUUAUAUCUGUAAGCAAGCGAAAACCAAAUGCAAUGCAGUGGCAUGUCUUGUAUUCCUCA